AUGGCGGUGGGGCUGGAGGAGGCCUUCGGGGCGGCGGGGGAGUUCGGCGGCGGGCAGCGGCGCCUCACCGCCUUCCUGGUGCUGCUGCAGGUAUACGUGGCUUGUCAGUCGAUGCUUAUUGUGCUUGUGGGAGCUGUGCCUGAGUAUCAUAUAGACCAAGAAGGAAUUCCAGCGAGCAGAACUGAGCUUGCCAAGCAUAUCCGUUUUGCAGACAAUUUCACAUCUAUAGUAACUGAGUGGUACCUAAUUGAACAAGAAGCCUACAAAGUGAGUCUUGCAUCAUCCCUGUUUUUUGCUGGAUUGCUUAUUGGAAAUAUUACAUUUGGCCCUUUGUCAGAUAAACUGGGCAGGAAACCAGUGUAUAUCUCAGGUCUAUUUUUUGAUGUCGUUUUUGGGUAUGUCACAGCAUUAGCUCCAAAUUAUGACAUAUUUGCAGUUUCGCGUUUUUUUGUUGGAAUUGUGAAUGGUGGAAUGGCCCUUGUGUCUUUUGUCCUAACCCAAGAAUAUGUAGGAAAAUCAUUUUGGUCAUUUACAGGUUCGUUAACUAAUUUGACGUUUGCAGUUGGCAUUGCUGUUUAUGCUUUACUGGGUUACUGUGUAAGAGAAUGGCGCUACCUUGCUUUGGUAUCGAAUACUCCAGGAGUCAUCUUCCUCCUUCUUUCUUUUAUGCUCCCAGAAUCACCACGAUGGCUGUACUCCCGAGGGAAAACAGCAGAAGCUGAAGAUGUGUUGCAAUAUAUUGCCCUUGGUAAUGGAAAAGAGAGAUUAAAUCUGAAAUUAAAACCAAGCGCAGGAACUUUGAGAAACGAUGAAUCGGCACCUGGUAUCCUAAACUUAGUAAAACACCCAGUCCUUCGGUGGCGAACCAUCAUACUGAUGUACAUCUGGUACGUCUGCAGCUUUGUGUACUAUGGACUAACUUUAAAUGCUGGUGAAUUAAGAGGAAAUCUGUAUUUAAAUGUGGCUCUUUCUGGUCUUGUGGAAGUUCCAGCAUUUCCUCUCUGCAUGUUUUUUAUUGAGAAAUCCUGGUCUGGAAGACGUAAAACUAUGUCAUCUUUUCUGAUAUCUGCAGGAUUUGCCUGUAUAUUUACCAUGUUUUUACCAACAAAUGCUGGUCUGCUCCUCAGUCCCACCUUGUUAGCUUUGUGUGGGAAGAUGAUGGUCAGCGCUGCUUUCAACAUCGUGUAUAUUUAUACGUCUGAACUAUACCCAACAGUACUGAGAAAUGCUGGCUUGGGUGUCUGUUCCAUGUCUUGCAGAUUUGGGGGCAUUUUGGCUCCAUUUGUGCCAUCUAUGAAAUCUCUUAGUCCUUCUGUACCGUUCGUGGUGUUUGGAAUCAGUGGACUGUCAGCAGGAUUCCUGACUCUUCUUCUGCCAGAAACACUAAAUAAGCCAAUUGCUGAGAGCAUUGAAGAUCUCCAGAGUCCCAAAUACCAAGUGCUUAAAAACGAAGAGGCAGAGCAAAACAGUUAGAAGAAGACACCAAAGUUUUAGGAGGUCUGUCUGUCGUCGAAAAUGAAGCCUCUGUUGAGAAGGUGCUGUAACAGUUGAAGGGCAGAGUCUUGCUCUGUGUAUCUGACAGGAAAUGUUGGAGGACUCAUGUAUAAUGCUGUUUGUAGCAUGUUGAACAGUUUUAUGUGGAGGCAAAUUGAGAAGAUGGAGGAAGUUGAUCAAAGCUUGUGAGAAAAUUGGUGACAAAUCUGUGCAUUAAUUUAAUGACUUAACAAAAGCCUACUUUGGAUGUUUGGACUUCUCUACGGCUUCUUAAAAUGAAGUAUUAAUUUAUUUCACAGAAAGUAAUUGCUACCUUCAGAUUUCAGCUAUAAUGUUGUAAUUGAAGUGAUGUGUAUAAUUUAAA